AAGAACUUAAAAAAAACAAAACAAAACCCUACCACUUUCUAUCUUUGUUUAAACAAAGGGAUUGUUAAACAGGAUAUACGUACUGAUAAAUAAUGACGCGCUGCAAUUAGCAACGGUGCAGCUUUCGUACCAGCUGCUCCCAACCUUCCUCCCCGCCGUCCACACGCACACAAUCACACACGUACACAUGCACACGCGCGCGCACAAACAUACACGUACACAGACGCGCGCGCGCGCGCAGACGACCCCGGAGCUGUGCUUUCUCUCUCCGCGCUCUCGGCCGGGCGCGCGCCUUCGGUCUCCUGGAGCCCCGGGCUGACCGGGACUUGGAGGGGUUCCACAUCCCUUUUAAAAGCGAUUAGACCGGCUCCCCGUUCCUUCGAGGAGAAAGCGGAGAGGCCGGGGGUGGCAGCGAAAAGCAGCCCCGUUAAGUCCACUCGUCAACAUCCCACCUCAAGAAACCGCAGACAGUGUGCGCCUCACAAGCCAGCGUGUUCCUCGCAGGGACAAUGCGAGAAUCUGUAGGCGGCCUCCAGCUCGGCAUCGGCCGCGUCCCGGCGGGGAGGACGGGACGCGCGUCUCCGCCCCAGCAGGCGCCCUCUUGGACAGUCUGGGGAGUCAGUCGGUGGAGCUGCUAUCAGACCCCGCGGUGUUAGCUGCGGGACCUCCGGGACCCGAAAAAACGCCAGGAUGCCCGUUCUUCUUGGUUUGGGUUUCCCACAAAAAUGUAGUCACACCAGAAACUUUUUCCACAGAUAUGAAAACGGCCCGAAACUUUUUUCCCACAAGCUCCCUCCCCUCCCCUCCUACCCCGCCCCCCGUGUUUUGUGCUUCGCCUCAGGAGUUGAGUGACCUCUUCGUCUAGAAGGCCAGCUCUACAAAAUCCAGGAACUAAACACAGCCCAACUUCCCAGGAGAGACCAGAAGUCAGAAAACAUCGCAACCCCCAACCACACACCCCUGUUUUCCCAGUGUUUUACAAAAAAAAAAAAAAAAAAAGGUCCCCACCCGCCUCCGUGCGAUGAAUGCUGGGGUAAGUAGUUUCCCUAAACCGCAAAGCGCGGGGAAACAUUGGAGCGCCGGUUGACUCCCCGGAAGAGAACUACAAUUCCCAUGGUGCCCUGUGGCAGAGUGAAAGGGGCGGGACGGGCGAGGGCGCAGAGCGCUUGCGCAGCUCGAGGGCCGGAGGGAGGCGGAGGCGCAGUGGUCCAACUGCUAAGGAGUCUCCAUGUGACAGUGAGCGGCGUCCCAGCUCCAGGCGACGCCAGAUUCCGGUUCUCGACCCCAAGCCCUCUCCACUGUCCCGGCGCCAGCAGACACCGGCAGGCCGGGGGCCCGUGGUGUCGUCCGGAGGACGCGGGCGCAGGGUGAAUAGCCUUCGCUGAGCAGGUGCCUGAGGGACCGCCGAGACCGGGCGUCUCCGGAGAGGCGGGCGGCGCGGCGAGCGGGGCUUCUGUCAGCGCGGCGCUCCGAGCGAGGGGACAUGAACGGUUUCACGCCCGAGGACAUGAGCCGCGGCGGGGAUGCGGCCGCCGCCGUGGCCGCCGUGGUCGCUGCCGCCGCCGCCGCCGCCGCCGCCGCCGCCUCGGCCGGGAACGGGGCCGGGGCGGGCUCCGGGGCCGAGGUGCCGGGCUCCGGGGCGGUCUCGGCGGCGGGGCCCCCCGGAGCGGCCGGGCCGGGACCCGGGCAGCUGUGCUGUCUGCGCGAGGACGGCGAGCGGUGCGGCCGGGCGGCGGGCAACGCCAGCUUCAGCAAGAGGAUCCAGAAGAGCAUCUCUCAGAAGAAGGUGAAGAUCGAGCUGGAUAAGAGCGCAAGGCAUCUUUACAUCUGUGAUUAUCAUAAAAACUUAAUUCAGAGCGUUCGAAACAGAAGAAAGAGAAAAGGGAGUGAUGAUGACGGAGGAGAUUCACCUGUUCAAGAUAUUGAUACUCCAGAGGUUGAUUUAUACCAAUUACAGGUGAAUACACUUAGGAGAUACAAAAGACACUUCAAACUCCCAACCAGACCAGGACUUAAUAAAGCCCAGCUUGUCGAGAUAGUUGGUUGCCACUUUAGGUCUAUUCCAGUGAAUGAAAAAGACACCUUAACAUAUUUCAUCUACUCAGUGAAGAAUGACAAGAACAAGUCAGAUCUCAAGGUUGAUAGUGGUGUUCACUAGGAGAGAUGGAAUUGAAACUAAGACUUGGAUGUUCAUAUAUUAAGACUGCUUACUGCUUUUUCAUAUGUAGAAAUGUUCCUUGUGUAUUUUUUCUACAGAGGAUUUUCUCUGGUUUUAUUUUCUUUGUUUCUGACUCUGAUAAUUAGUUGGGAACUCAUGUAAAAUGAGUUUUCCUAGAUUAAAAAUAUUUUAAAUAAAGGUUAUUACUAUUA